CCCUCGGUAUUUUCCCCCGAGUGUCUCCGUCUUGCUGUAUCCGUCGGGAAAGUGAAAGUUAUACUACUGCACCAUCGACUUAUAUUAAAUCCACGUGCAGAUAUAGUGACGAUGACGUACGAACUCACGUGAAAAUAAUUUUGAAAAAGAAAAAUACAUCCUCCCUGUUCUAUUUACAAACUUUAAAAAAAAUAUAUAUUAUUUCGUUUUAAAUCUCAUUACAUGCUUUCUUCAACUGCGUUUGAAAAAAGUGUUGUUUUGUUCAUUUAUCGCGACGUAACGCAAGUAUACGAUCAUCAUGCAAAGCAAGGUAGUUGACAACCUCGUGAGCGAGUGGGCCAGCCAUGCUCCGCGAACCUACCGUGACAGGUUGCAUCAGUGCCAUGUUAAGCACCACCUGUUGGGCGGACAGCUGGCCCAGAUGUGCCAAAUGGAUGAUGUCGUCCAGGAGGAAAAUGAAAAUAGGAAACUUAACAACCUGAUUAUACUCUACGUUGUUCUAACAAUCGUCACAAUGGUGGUGAUUAAGAAGCUCUCGCAGGGAGGUCUUGUCAACCACAUCCUGUCAGCGAGCCGCCUCCUCCGCCGCAAAAUCCCUCAGAGCGGCCACCUGAUGCUGCCCAAGAGGAUGUGGAUGCAGACUGUCCCCACGCAGGACUGCGAGGUGGUAGUGGUAAUGGCGGGCGGGACGAGAGAAUCGACGCUACACUGGCUCCUCGCCCGCCUCAAAGCACGCCUACCAGAGCUCACCGUGGGCGUGAAGAACCACCAAGCCACGAAUUCCUACGCCCUCUACCUCUCCGCGUCGUAUGAUGGAUUGAUUAAAGGAGGCGAGGAAAUGCGUCUUGUGAAACGAACGAAGACGGAGUACGGAGGCGGCCUCAGGGAACUUUCGCACACGGAGCUCGCCAUAUUCCAGGGCGUGGAGGACGGCGGCACUUUCUUCUCGACCUUGGAGCGGCAGAGCAUAGUCCUACACCUUUUGCAUUCCCUUAGGGCCACGCAAGAGGAGUCCGUGGAAGGGACGACGUUCAGGGAAGGACAAGCCAUAAUCCCUAAGUUCCAGUCUGAAGGCUUAAUCCACGGGAUUUUACCCCUUCACGACUACGAGAAACUGGAGGCGCUGAGGGUCACGUGGGUACAGACUUUCUUCAAGUACCAGCCUAUUGAGGCGAUCCAACAAUAUUUCGGCUCCAAAAUCGCCAUCUACUUCGCCUGGCUCGGGCACUACACCACCGCCCUCACAGUGCCAGCUUUCAUCGGCCUCAUAUUCUGGGUAUUCCUCUGGGGACGCGACCAAGUCCUCGAAGACGUGGGUUUCGUCAUGUUCGCCUUCCUGAACGUGGUGUGGGCAUCCAUGUGGCUCGAGGCGUGGAAGAGACGCAGUGCCGAGCUCGCCUACCACUGGGGGACUCUCGAUUCACACGUUGAAGUUUUCUCCGAACCCAGGCCACACUUCACGGGAGAACUUCGAGUGAGUCCCGUGACAGGGAGACUGGAGCCCGAGUACCCUGCCUGGCGAAGAAACCUCAUUCGAUACCUCGUGACUCUCCCCCUCAUCGUGUUCUCCCUCAUGGUCGUGUUUGUGGUCAUGUUACUCAUUCUUCAGUUACAGGACCUCUGUGAUGCCUUCAUAUCAGCCCACGAGUACACCUUCUACCUAUCCUACGCACCGAAGAUCCUUAUGGCUCUCACCAUUUCCGCGUUUGAUGAAGGAUACACCAAGGUGGCUGUCUGGCUUAACGACAUGGAAAAUUAUCGUGUUGAAGAGACGUAUCAGAAUCAUCUCAUCAUCAAACUGGCUGUGUUUCGUUUUGUGAACUCCUUUCUGUCGCUCUUCUAUAUCGCAUUCUACCUACAAGACAUGGAGAGGCUUAAAGAACAACUCGCCGCUCUCCUCCUCACGCGCCAAGUCGUAGGCAACAUCAAGGAAUCCUGCAUACCGUAUCUUCUCGAGCAGUUCAAGCUUGCCAAACUGAGCUUCGACUUGUACGGCGCUUUGUCGCCUUCAGAGGAAAGCAAAGAGCAAGAUUGGCCGCAAGAAAACCCCCCACAACCUGCUGGAGAACAGACACAGAACCAGGAUGAAGAAGGAGAAGAAGAAGCAGCGUGCAAUAAAGAAGGGGCAAAGGAGACAUCAGAAACAGGGGGGGCAGCAGGAGGGAGUGACCCCCUGUCAGCUGAGGCCUGCCUGGCGAGGGGGGCGAGCAAGAGCCGCAUUGUCAGUCAGGCGGAAGUGGAAUGCAAUAUGUCAAGGUACGAAGGCACAUUCGAAGACUACCUCGAGAUGUUCAUCCAGUUCGGCUACGUCACUCUCUUCUCCUCCGCCUUCCCUCUGGCUGCGAUGUGCGCUUUCCUCAACAACCUCAUCGAGAUUAGGUCGGACGCCUUCAAGCUGUGUUGUGUGUUCCAGAGGCCUUUUGGACACAGGGCGCAGAGCAUUGGGGUGUGGCAGGAUGCAAUGGAGCUGAUGGGUGUUCUAGGAAUCAUGGUCAAUUGCAUGUUGAUAGGCCUCUCCGGGCAGGUGCACCGGAUGUUCCCGGAAAUGUCAACAGCUCAUACUAUAUUGCUCAUUAUUGUACUGGAGCACGCCAUGAUCGCCCUGAAGUACGGCAUCAGUUACGUCAUUCCCGACAUCCCUGCCUGGGUGGCGACGGAGAUGGCCAAGGUGGAGUUCCAGCGGCGUGAGGCCCUCCGCCGCCUCUCCACCUCCAACUCUCCCCCAACACGUGAGGAAUCCCAGUCACCCUCCCCUAGGUACUUGUUUGGGCAUUCGAUAACGUCUACCACUGAGUAUGUGGACCGUAGUGCCCAGACGGACAUUAUGUAUUCCAGGAGACGAUCCUUCAAGACGUCGCCGGCCAGCACCAUAGACGAAGACGAGGUUCUGUCUCCCACCGACGUCGAGCUUGAGAACCGAAGCGUGGCGUCGGAAGCGGCGGCGGCCGAGACCAGAGCGGCGGCGACGGCGGGAUCCGAACGCGACGGACGGAAGGAGGACGACCUGCGCAUGCGCGAGCUCGAGAGUUUCGAGGGCGCGAAGGCGCGGCCGAUCGUGCGCCUCGGUCGGAGCGUGUCUGCGUGCGAGCGCGUGCACCACCGCGUGCCGCGCAUCCACCGCAUCAUGAACCAAGAGAGCGCCGAGUCCAACGACUCGGAGGAGGACCUCAUCGCCAAGCCCUUCGACAGCCUGCCGCUGCUGUCGGCACCAGCCGCCAUGGACAACAAGAACCGGCUGUUCCGGUUCUCGCCGGACAACGAGCGCGUCCUGGGGGCCAUCAAGCCGCGGUCGCGCCUCCUCGAGAAGCCGGACUUCUCGUACGGGACGCAGCUGUCGUCGCGCUCGGUCGAGUGCGUGUCGGACACGUCGGCGCUGAUCCGCUUCUCGGACGAUUCGCGGAGUCACAUCAGCGAGGAGGGCGAAGGCACGCCCGAGCAGAGCACGGGCAGCAGGUCGCCCACGCCCCCGGCGGAGGAGACGAAGGAGGCCGGCACGCCUCGCGCGCACUCGCUCGAGCAGACGCCGUCCCCGACCAAGGAGGAGGCCAAGGAGGGCCCCGCGCGCCGCAAGCCUCCCAUGAAGUUCCUCAAGCGCGCGCAGAGCCUCUCGUACGUGUUCAAGCGCACCAAGCCCGAGAAGAGGAAGAAGGUCAUCCGCGACGACUAUGCGGCGCUGCCCACGACGGUGGAGCCGCAGGGCGAGAUGGCCCUCGUGCCGCUCGAGAAGCUCGUGGCCAUCGAGGACAUCCAGAUGCAGCCGUCGCUCUCCAGCUACAGCUGCUACGCCGACUAGGUGCCCCGCCGCCUCCCUUCUGCCGCGGCCGCCAGCGCUCGCUCGUCCGCUCGGCGGCCCAACAGCUGCUUUUAGAGGACCGUCGCAAUUGCACAGUUCUUGUGGCCUCGUUUAGACGUGUAAUAAAACAUAAAAAAUAAACAAUAAAAAGGAUUAGUCGAGGCUUCAACUUCAAAAAAUCUGGGACAAAGAAAGUAGCUCAUACUAGAUUAGCGGAAUCCGACACGUGUGUUUGUUUAGGCCUUACUCCCCCAGCCGCCCGCCGCGGAGGGGGGCCAAAUCUAUGGUUACGUCAUCAGUUCGACAGGUGUGUGGUCAAGGCACACUCAGUGUUACGCAUAAUUACUUGUUGAUGUAUAAUAUAUAUAAAGCAUAGACAGAGAUACCACAAAAAAGAGAUAAAUUUUGUUAUCUAUUUGACGAAUAGAUAAGCCUUUAAUGAAAAAUCACUUACGCUUCUACACAGUUGAUGAUGUGUGUACAUGAAAUAUGAUAGCAAGUGUGUAUGCUAUGUAUGCGUGUGUGCGUUGCGUCUUUGUAUACACGUGAACGUUUCUCUGGAGUGUGUGAACAAGCAACAUUGUGUGUGUCUACCAGCCAGACGCCAAGCCGAGACGAAGCGAAUUAGUGUGUCGAUGUGUAUCUUGCCUCCUUCGUGGUUUCGUCCCUUUUUUCCUUCGUUCAGUGACUCACAAGCUUUGUAGCGAGUUUAUUGGCUUCGGUGUGUAAAGCUGUGCAUCAAUGGGCUUGCUUUCAUACGGGAGGGAGAGAGGGAGAGAAAGAGAGGGUGAGAGAGAAAGGGUGAGAGAGAUAG